AUGCCAGCCGCCGGCCUCAAGACCAUCAUUGCCCUGUCCUUCGUCCUGGCAGUGGGCUUCCUCCUCGUCAUCCUCUCCUGCGCCUUGUUCAAGGUCUACUACCCACUCCUCGUGGUCGGAACAUACGUGAUCGCCCCAAUCCCCAACUGGAUCUGCAGCCGAUGCGCGAACCCCGAUGACUUCGUCGAGAGCUCCGGCGCCGCCGUCCUCGACCUCGGUCGCUUCUUCACAGGCUUCUUCGUCGUGAUGGGAAUGGCCCUGCCCAUAGUGCUGGCGCACGCCGACCUCAUCCGAGUCGAGGCCAUGAUCAUGUCUAUCGUCGGUGGUCUAUUGAUUUACGGAACCAUCAUCAGCUUCAGCAUGUUCUUCCACGAGGAGCAGGAAUUCUAA